CGAGCCGGAUCAGCACGGGAGGGCCAAGGGCGAGCCAUGUCUUCGGCCGGCGCCUGGAAGAGCCCGUGCAUUCCUCUUGCGUUUAAGCAAGCGGGCUUCAUGGCUUGGCCUUUUCUCCCGUCAGCUGCGGCAUCGCUUACUUCAGCUCUUUGUUGAAAACGGGGGAUUAUGUUACGACUGAGACGAUCUGCAGGGAGGUGAGCGGGAAGGAAGCCAGGGAAAAAGAAUGCGGGUCUAUUUAAUGGUGUGCUGCCUUAUUUUCUACACCGUGCGUGGACAAGUAGAGUACUCAAUCGCCGAAGAAACUGAGCGCGGCGCGCCCGUCGGGAACCUAGCACAGGAUUUGGGUAUAGAUGCAGCUAGGCUGCCCUCCCGCAAAUUCCGCAUGAUCACCAGUUCAAGUAAGCAAUAUUUCAACCUGAAUGCGAGCACCGGAGUUUUGUCUGUUAACGAGCCCAUCGACAGGGAAGAGAUCUGUGCACGACAGCCUACCUGCUCUCUGAAUUAUGAACUCGUGUUAGAAACCCCCCUGGAACUUUAUAAACUGCAGUUUAAAAUAUUGGACGUGAAUGAUCACACUCCUACGUUUCUGCUAGAGGAAUAUCAUGUGAAUGUCGCCGAGUUCCUGGCUCCGGGAGUUCGGUUUACUCUCCCGGUCGCCCAAGAUCUCGACGAAGGCAUCAACGGUGUCCAGAGUUACGUUUUAAGCCCCAACCAGCAUUUCAGGCUGGAAAUGCAGACUCGCGGGGAUGGGAGCCGAUAUCCUGAACUGGUUCUAGAAAAACCCUUGGAUCGGGAGCAGCAGGUCACACACAGGCUUACUAUCACAGCUAAAGAUGGAGGAAGCCCCCAGAGGUCUGGAGAUACCCAGGUUGUAGUAACUGUUCUGGACACAAAUGACAAUGCCCCUAUUUUUGAGCAUUCUGUCUACAGGGCCAGUGUGUUGGAAAACUCUCCUAGAGGCAUUCUGGUCACUAGGGUGCGAGCCACAGACUUAGAUGAAGGACAGAAUGGAGAGGUCUUCUACUCCUUUAGCAACAGUACACCCCCUGAGCUACAGAAGAUGUUCAGCAUCAACCCCCAGAAUGGGGAGAUAAAAGUCAACGGUGCUUUAAAUGUCCAAAAGCCCCUGCUCGAGAUGUUCAUUGAGGCAAAGGAUAAAGGAGUCUUUGGCAUGUCCACUGUAGCCAAACUGUUGGUGGAAAUUACUGAUGUGAACAACAAUGCCCCAGAGAUUACACUCACUUCGCUGUCCAGCCCCAUCCCAGAGGAUUCUUUGUUGGGCACGGUGGUGGCUCUUUUGAGUAUUACUGAUGAAGAUCCUGGUGAGAAUGGGAAAAUCAUUUGUAAGAUUCCUGUUGACAUCCCCUUCCAACUCAAGUCCUCUUUUGACAAUUACUACAGCCUGAUCACAAGUGGUCUUCUUGACCGAGAACAGGUCAGUGAAUACAACAUUACAGUCACUGCCUCUGAUCUGGGUUCCCCUCCCAUUGCCACUCAGAAAGCACUGUGGGUGCAGAUUGCGGAUGUGAAUGACAAUCCUCCCAAAUUCCUCAACCAGAUGCGUGAAAUCUACAUAGCAGAGAACAAUAAGCCUGGGGCAUCUGUUUUCCAGGUGUCAGCUUCUGAUCCAGACCUCCGGGAGAAUGGUCGGUUAUCUUACUUUCUCAGGGACAUUGACAUCCAGGGCAGCUCCUUGUCCAGAUAUUUAGCCAUUAAUGCAGACAAUGGAAUCAUCUAUGCAAAAGACACUUUUGACUUUGAGCAACUCCAAAAUUUUCAUUUCCAAGUAGAGGCAAAGGACAAUGGCUUCCCAAUUUUGACUGCUACUUUUAUUGUCAGUGUUACCAUCUUAGACCAAAAUGAUAAUGCCCCAGUCAUCUUGUAUCCAGAUGUGAGAAAUGCUUCAGUGGCAGUUGAAAUUGUGCCACGCUUGGCAGAUGCGAACUAUUUCGUGACCAAGGUGGUAGCCCAUGACCCAGACAGUGGACAGAAUGCUUGGCUUUCUUACCACCUUCUGCACUCUUCUGACGCAAGCCUAUUUCAGGUUUUACCAAAUUCCGGGGAACUUAGGACUAGUCGUUCAAUGAGAUCUAGUGACCCCAUCAAGCACAAAGUGGUGAUCUUGGUGACAGACAGUGGGGAUCCUUCCCUCUCCUCUACUGUAUCUUUGGGAAUUCUACUAGCUGACACUCUCCCACAAGCACUCCCAGACUUUGAUGACAGCCUGGAAACACAUGGGCAGCAGCUGUCUAACUUGAACUUCUACUUGAUCAUUGCUCUGGGCUGCCUUUCCCUUGUCUUUUUUGGAUUUAUCAUUUUCCUUUUUGCUGUUCGACUUUUCCACUGUAGGACUAACCCCUCUUGCAAUUGUUGUUGCCCCACGGAUGAGUAUGAAAAGUACCGGUACAAUGUGCGGAUGCUCCCAAGCUCUCAUUUUACCCCAGAGAUGGUUGAGAUUGCAGGAAUGGGGAAACUUACACACACCUAUUUAUAUAGGGCAGCCCUAGGUGUAGGGACUAGCAAUAACAACUCGAUGUCCAACAGAGAUGCCGGGAGCCUUUCCAAGGGGGCGGGAUUAUUGCAAGUGCCAGCAUCCUGCAUUCAAGUACAGAAGGUGAAGAGUGACCAUUUUAAUGCCAUUCUGGUGGUAAGCAGCUCUUUCAAAUAUCUAUUGUCUUUCUUGGUAUUGGGUGGGAUGGGAAAGUAA